GUAUUGUGUGUGUUUGUGUUUUGGUUUAGAAGCGGCGCUUUCACAUACAGUAAACAGAGAGAAGACGAUAUAAGACCUUAUAUAUUUCUCUUGGUGUUUGAGGCUGUAAUGUCGCUCCUUAACGACACAUUUACCGGGACAUUACUGGGACUUUAGUGAAGCUGUGUUUGGGAUAUUAGUCUGCGGUUUCCGGGUCUUUAAUAAAGAGGAGGACCGAAGCGCUCGGUCAUGUUCUGAGGAGGAGAAGAAAGGAGACAGGAGAAGAGAAGAGAAGAGAAGAGAAGAGAAGAGGAGAGAAGAGGAGAUAAAAGAGGAGGACAAACACCGGGGAUGCGAACAUGGCAUCGGUGCGCGUGGCGGUGCGCGUGCGUCCCAUGAACCAACGGGAGAAGGAGCUCUCAGCCCAGUGCAUCAUCGAGAUGGAAGGAAACAAGACAACUAUUACCAACUUAAAAAUCCCUGAUGGUGUGACGGGUGACUCGGUGAGAGAGAGAACUAAAACCUUCACAUAUGACUUCUCCUAUGACUCGGGCGACCGCAAGGGCACCGGCUUCGUCUCGCAGGAAAAGGUCUUUAAGGACCUGGGUUCAGAUGUGCUCAAGGCAGCGUUUGAGGGCUAUAACGCCUGCAUCUUCGCCUAUGGACAGACAGGUUCAGGAAAGUCCUACACCAUGAUGGGCAACCAGGGAGACGUGGGACUGAUCCCGAGGAUAUGCGAGGGCUUGUUCACCCGGAUAACCGGCAUGACCCGUCGUGACGAAGCCUCCUUCCGUACGGAGGUCAGUUAUUUGGAGAUCUAUAACGAGCGUGUGAGGGACCUGCUGAGGAGGAAGCUGGCGAAGACGUAUAACCUGCGAGUGAGAGAGCACCCUAAAGACGGCCCUUACGUCGAAGACCUGUCGAAGCACCUGGUUCAGAACUACAGCGACGUGGAGGAGCUGAUGGAGGCUGGAAACAUCAACCGCACCACAGCCAGCACCGGCAUGAACGACGCCAGCAGUCGCUCGCACGCCAUCUUCACCAUCAACUUCACGCAGGCUAAGUUUGAUGCAGAGAUGCCGUGUGAAACAGUCAGUAAGAUUCACUUGGUGGACCUGGCAGGCAGCGAGAGAGCCGACGCUACGGGAGCCACCGGCGUUCGCCUCAAAGAGGGAGGCAACAUAAACAAGAGCUUGGUUACCCUUGGCAACGUUAUAUCUGCCCUGGCCGAUAUGUCUCAGGACGGAGGGAGCUGCCAUCUGAAGAAAAAGCAGGUGUUUGUCCCUUACAGAGACUCUGUCCUCACGUGGCUUCUCAAAGACAGUCUGGGAGGAAACUCCAAAACCAUCAUGAUCGCAACCGUCUCUCCUGCGGACGUGAACUACGGCGAGACCUUAAGCACGCUGCGCUACGCUAACCGCGCCAAAAACAUCAUCAACAAACCCACCAUCAACGAGGACGCCAACGUGCGGCUGAUCCGCGAACUGAGAGCCGAGAUCGCUCGCCUCAAAGCCCUGCUUGUUCAGGGGAAUCAGAUCGCACUUCUGGAUUCACCCACAGCUCUGAGUAUGGAGCAGAAACUGCACCAGAACGAGGCUCGGGUGCUGGAGCUGACGAAGGAGUGGGCAAACAAAUGGAACGAAACACAGAAUAUUCUUAAGGAAGAGACUCUAGCUCUGAGAAAGGAAGGGAUUGGUGUGAUCCUGGACUCAGAACUUCCGCAUCUCAUUGGCAUCGACGACGAUCUGCUCAGCACUGGCAUCAUCCUCUACCACUUAAAGGAGGGGAGGACGUGUGUAGGCCGGGAGGACGCCACCAAUGAGCAGGACAUCGUUUUGCACGGCUUGGGACUGGAGAGCGAACAUUGUCUGUUUGAGAAUCAGGACGGCACCGUGACCCUGAUCCCUCUGAACGAGUCGCAGUGCUCCGUCAACGGGGUUCACGUCACCGAACCCUGCCAACUCAACCAAGGUGCUGUGAUUCUGCUGGGCAGAACCAACAUGUUCAGAUUUAACCAUCCUAAAGAGGCAGCUAAACUACGUGAGAAAAGGAAGAGCGGUCUGCUCAGCACACUGAGUCUCUCCAUGACGGAUCUUUCCAAGUCCUGUGAGAACCUCUCUACAGUCAUGCUUUAUAACCCUGGCCUCUACACAGAGAAGGGGCCGGUCUUUCUCAGACUGGAGUUUGAGAGGCAGCAGCGAGAAGAGCUGGAGAAGCUCGAACACAAAAGGCGUCUGAUCAAGGAGAUGGAGGAGAAGCAGAAGUGCGAGAAGGCGGAGCUGGAGCGAAUGCAGCAGGAGGUGGAGUCUCAGAGGAAGGAGUCAGAGCAGGUACAGCUGCGCAUCCAGAGGCAGGAGGCGAGUCUGCGUAAGCGCAGUCAGGACAUCGAGACCCGCAUGAGGGACCUGCUGGCAGAGAAAGAGCGCUUCCAGGAGGAGCGUCACAGAGAGCAGCAGGAACAGAAACAGAGGAGAAAGCAGCAGCAGCAGCAGCAGCAGCAGCUGGAGCAGCAUGUGGAGGAGGAGGUGGAGGAAGAGGAGGUGCAGGAAAAGCAGGAGCAAGAGGCAGAGGAGGAGGAAGAGGAACGUGGAGAGGAUGUGCAGGUCAGGAGAGAACACGCAGAACAGACGGAGCUCUUCAGAGAGCUGGAGCGUCUGAAACGGGAGCGAGAGGAGCAGGCUGUGAAAAUCCAGCUGGAGAGGAGACGUCUGGAGGAGCAGGAGCGAGAGCAGCUCUCUCUCGUGGGCCGUCUGGAGGAGCAACUGAGGGAGCGGAGUGAGGAGGCGGCGGCACUCUUGAGCCGAGAUGAAGCUCGCCGUCUCGAGGAGGAGCAGCGAACGCUGGCUGAGAUACGAGAGGGUCUGCUGCUGGCGAAGGUGGAGCGGGUGGAUGGCGAGGACGCCGGCGAGGAGGCCCUGAGGAGCGCCAGGGAGCGAUACGAGAGUUUCAAACAGGAGCAGGUGCAGGAGUUGGGUGUGUUGGUGGAGGGGCUCUCGCAGCAGAGAGAGCGGCUCGGGAAGGAGGUGGCCAACGAUCACGCCGCCCUCGGCAUCCUGCAGCACGCACACAGGGAGAAACAGAGACUGAUGCGUGAGACGGUGGAAUGCGGCCUGCAAGACGCCUCGUCUCUCCUGCAGGAGGAGGCUCAGCUCUCUCAGGCUGCACACAGGCUGCAGUAUAAAGAGCGACAGCUGCUUUCUCUGCGCGAGGGUAUCUUGCCCGUCGUGUCCGAGGAGCUGCACCGAGCCGAGGAGGCGCUGGAGCGAGUCCGGGGCAAAGAGACGAAGGGCAGCCCCGAGCAGGUGGAGAAGGAACUGGACGAGAUGCUGUAUCAGAUAGAGAAAGAGCUGGAGGAGAAACAGGAGCGUCUUUCUCAGCACAGCGUCAACGCGGAACAGCUCCUGCAGCUGCAGCAGACCUACGAGUUCACGGCCAACGUGGCGCGGCAGGAGGAGAAGGUGCGCCGUAAAGAGCAGGAGAUCCUGGAGACGAGGGAGAAGCAGCAGAGGGAAGCGUUGGAGCAGGCAGUGGCUCGGCUUGAGAGGAGACAUUCGGCCCUGCGCCGGAGUCUUAGCCUGGAGCCUGAGGCGGAGGAGGCUCGCAGGAGGAGCAUCGUGGCCUCCAUGGGACACAACAGCACAGGGUGUUCUGCAGUGCCUGAGCUGGACCAGGAGAGGAUGGAGAGGGAAAUCGCUCAGCUCAAGCAGAGGAUCAGUGAGAGUGAGGCCAGUGGGCGGAGCCUGUCUGUGAGCAGUGAUGACAAGACCAGUGUGGGAAACUGUCCAAUGAGCCCCAUCCAGAGCCUGAACACAGUGCUGCCUCUCACUGACGACCGGUUAAAAGCAUUCAUCGAAGAAGAGGUUCAGAAAAGGCUCCAGCAGAUGAACCGGCAAAACUCAGACAAUAACAACGGUCUGUCGCUGUCUUCGGAGUCACUGCAGAACAACCAUACACGUCUUGUGGAUCCACGUAGACAGAAGUAUGAGCGCUUUGUGUCAGUCCCGUUAAGUCCAAGUCUGGAGAGCUUGAAGGAUCCGGUGAAGAUCAGCAUCCCUCGCUACGUCCUGCGGGGACAGGGGAAGGACGAGCAUUACGAAUUCGAAGUCAAGAUAACUGUUUUGGAUGAAACAUGGACUGUGUUUCGACGCUACAGCCGCUUCAGAGAAAUGCACAAAUCCCUCAAGAUGAAAUACCCAGAGCUAGCAGCAUUGGAGUUCCCUCCGAAAAAAAUAUUUGGUAACCGGGAUGAGAGAAUGGUGGCAGAGAGACGCAGUCAUCUGGAGCGUUACUUGAGAAACUUCUUCCAGAUCAUGCUGUCAACAUCCUGCUCGUCUUCUCCUUUGCGAGCAGACGACUCGUCGGGCCUGCAGCUCUCCAAACAUGCCGUGUGUGACAUCUCACCCUUCUUCAAGAAGGGAGUGUUUGACUACAGCAGUCAUGGAACAGGCUGAUUACCACCACCACCUCUGCUGGGGCUACAUCACUUCUAUAUGUCCAUGCACGUCCCAAAUCAUGCCACACAUUCUCAGGAUAGCACCAGGGUGGUUUGGUAGGCAAUAAUCAGAAAGCCAAAGUACUAGCCUUAGUGCCUUUAGUGGUCCCACAGUUUAGGCUAGAUACAACAGACCAUCAAGGUCCAUGCUAGAUCACCCAGACCUGCUUCCUGUUGCUAUAGCAACCAGAAGAAAAAAAAAAUUAAUGACCGUAAAUUAUGUGCAGUUAUCUGGCCUGGCUGUUCUGAGGUAAAAAAUGAUACACGGGUCACUGUGCCAUCAAUUUAACACAUUAGACGAGAUAAAAUCAAACUGUACGCAAAUCUGCUUUGAGGCGGUUGGUGUUUGAAGUUUUGCCUAAACUGCACUAGUCAUUCAUCCACCGUUCUUUUUUUAUUUAAAAAUUUAUGCAUGUGAACAGCUUAUUACUGUAAUUGUUCAGAUUUCUUCGAGUGGUUAUUGGUGUAGUGAAUAUGCCUGUGUGGACAGCAGGCAGCUAAACCCAGCCUAGCACAUUCCUAUGCAAGUACACCAUAAACUACAGUCUACCACCUGCUAACACGCCUCCUGGCCAUAACUGGAACCGUUCUCCACCAACAUUACUGCGAUUAGUGUAUAGUGCUACUAGUGUACUCUUUUGGAGUAAAACAUUUCAGCAUACAUCUUCCAAAAAGAGAACUCUAUCCUAUCCAGAUUUGUUAAUCUGUUCUAACUUACACUGGCGUGACCACCAAAUAUUUAAAACAGAAUAUGUCACAUAGCGAGUAGUUACGAAUUUGGUUCUAUUGCAUGAUGAACAUAAAAAAACAAACUUUUUGUCUUUGUACUGAAAUAAAACAGUAACUUACACAUGCACAGACAAAUACAUUUCUCUGAAAGCCAUAUGUACAUAUGAUGAAUUAAGAAUGCAGAUUAUUGUGCGGCGUGUGUAUAAAGGUGCUUCUAUUACUAACGCAAUAUGAAAGGGAAAGAGAUUGUACAGUUUAGAGAAUUAAUCCAUGUUUCUUUCCUCUCCACAACAUUUUCUGAUUAUUUCCUGAUAUUUGUCAUUUUCCUGAUGGUUCUUCAUUUGAAUUUGAGUUAUGAUGUGACUAUUGGAAAAGCCAUGGUGUUUGUAAAAAGAAAGAAAGAACUGCACUAUUUUUCUCUUACGGGUCACGAUAUUUCCUCCAACGGUGACCGGAGAUCUGAAGGCCUUUUGGUUAUUUAUACAUUUGUAUGCAUAUUUAGCAAAACAUUUUAUUUUAGCAUUGAGGAAAUUAUGAUCUGUUCAAAACAUUAAAUAAAAAAAAUCCUAUUUGACUGGUCAUUCAUUGGCCAUUUUACAUACA